AUGGCUAAACGCAAUGGGGAGCUGGAACCAAGUACAUCGAAGCACCUGCAGCUCUCCGUGUUCGAAGGCAAGUUCGAUGUCACCGAAUUUGUAGGCUCGAUGUCGGAGCAGCUUAUUGCAAAGUCAAAGGCUGAUACUGGACCAUUUGAUCCCAAGCCAUUCAUCCAAACCUUCGAGGCCGCGAUCGACAAGCUCAUCGCUGUGCGCAAGGAUGUACAGACGAAGACGGAGCAAAUGGAGAAGAGCGUGCGGGUCUCUGAGCGCGAAUACUCGAAGAAGAUGACAGACCUCAACCGGGGCUUCGAAACAGUGGGCAAUUCGUUCUCAGGAAUGGAGAGCAGGAUGAACGAGGUGGGGAGUACGGCUAUACGGAUAGGUGAACAGCUUGAGACGAUCCACAUCGAACGACAGCGUGCGCAGGCGGCAUACGAUCUCAUCGACUACUACAAUCAGUUCUCGCGAGGGGACACGAGUAGACUGGAUACUCUGAAGAAGGAGGGGCGUGUUGGGCGGCGGCAGGUUGCGAUCUUGCUGCGACGUCUGAACACGGUGGCGAAAGAGGUUGAUUUGCCUUCUGCUGAAAAGACACGAGAAGCUAUCGACAAAUACUGCGAGAAGUUCGAGAAGGAGAUGCUGUACCUCUUCGACAGAAGUUACCGGCGCGGGGACCCCAAGAUGAUGCAUCAUUGUGCACAAACGCUGCUCGACUUCAACGGUGGUGUGUCAUGUGUGCAAGUCUACGUCAACCAACACGACUUCUUCAUCAAUCGCGUGCGGCAGAAUAAGCAGUCGGACGACUCUUUACUAUGGAAACUGUUACCCGACCCGGAUUCCGCUCCUGCUAAGAGCGAACAAGGCCUGGAAGAGCUGUUCGAUGAGAUCCGCGCAACGGUAGAUACAGAGACUCAGAUAGUAAAGGCUGUGUUCCCAAACCCUCCUGUGGUCAUGCAAGUCUUCUUGCAACGCGUCUUCGCGCAAUCGAUCCAGCAAACCGUAGAACAGCUCCUACACAAAGCGACCGAAAUCUCCGACCUCGCGUAUCUGCGCAUGAUCCAGCUGAUUCACGUACGGCUGUCGGCGCUGGUGGACGACCUCAAGCUCUACGACCUGCCGUCCAUCGCGCCCCGCACCCCGAACGAAGUCGCCGAGUUCCGGCGCACGUUCUCCGACGCGGUGCCCUCCGUGCCCGCGGGGUCGUCGACGUCGGUGAGCGCUAUGCUCGAAAUUGCGAUGGAAGAGCUGUUCGUUCCGUAUACGGAGGGCCAGCGAUACCUCGAGCGGGAAUCUAGGAGCCUGGGCUUUUUGUACUCGACGCUGCUCGCACAGUUUACGCGCUAUCAUGAACGAACACAUAAAGGCAAAACCUCUAUGUUUGACCGUGUAGUCGGCCAACUCAGCGCCGCCGCCGCAACGACGUCCGUCGACGGCGCCUCGACAACCUCUGCGCAGGCUGCUGCCGCGAUCAUGCGCUUUGGUGGUAUCCAGACCGACCGCAGCAAGGAGGACGAUCCCGUCCGAGAAGAAGAUGGUCUUCUCCGAAUAGACAUAGCAGAGAAGAUGCUAAAAUGGCACGCUGAAGCUACAGGCAGAUGUGUUGAGUUGAGCUCUUCUAAUGAUGUCGCCAAAAAUAUAUUUGCACUGCUGCGCGUUCUCGCUGAAGCGAUAGGUACGGCGUAUGUCGAAACUGCCUUGGAGACUGCGCAAAUACGCUUGGAGACGUCCGACGGGAAAUCUGAACCCAACCUUGACUUGCUCCGCAUAUUGAAAGCCGUUGACCUUAUAUCCCACUUGUGGCAACAAUACAUCAAUGUUGCGCUGCUCCCACUUGCAAGCUCUUCGGUGACCACGCGCCGCGAGAUGGUCGUGUUCAACAACCAGACGCUAAGUCGGAUAGAGAACCGCACGAAUAAUCUCCUCCAGAAGAUAACUGAUUUGAUAGUCGCAUGGCUUUCUGUCCAGCUCGCCAAACAAAAGAAGAACGAUUUCAAGCCUCGAAAUGACGAUCUCUCGUUCGCGCGAGUCAAUACGGAGCCAUGCGAAGCUUGUUGCGAGAUAUUGGAGAAGCUUCGCGACGCAGCACAAGACAGUCUUAGUGGGAAGAAUUUGGAGGUCUUCCUAACAGAAAUUGGAGUCGCUUUCCACAGCUUACUCUUGGAGCACCUCCGCAAGUUCCCCGUGAGCGCGACUGGAGGCUUGAUGCUUGCGAAGGACUUGAAACUAUACCAAGAUACCAUUGGCACUUUCGGCAUACCCGCGUUACACGAACGCUUCGAGUUCAUCAGACAACUGGGCAACAUAUUCCUCGUCCGGCCCGAGAUCCUCAAGUCAUACAUGACGGAGAACUACCUCGGCAGGAUCGACGCCAGCCUCCUGAAGCCGUACCUCGCCUUGCGCAGCGAUUGGGGCCAGUUCGAAAAGGGUUUCAACGAUAUAGAGGAGCCGAACGGAGCUGCGACGGAGGCGAAGGGUCUACGGGAUAGGUUCGGACGUCUCAGUUUGAUGAUGAAGGAAUUGGAGGGUAUCAAACUUGGUGAUGGUAUUACGAUGGGCAUGCCCACUAUUCCGGCGGGCUUCACGAGCGGAUUUUCCAUCCCAAGUCGGCCAUUUGGCUGA